UAGAAAACUGUCUAGUGUCUACGAAGUACAGUCUUCACUGUGUUUCAUAGAAGUUAUAAAUAUUUUUAUUACGCUAAUCUUCAUUACCUUUUCAGAGCAAAUUAUAUUCAUUUGGUUAAAAUUUAAAUUGGUAUAAGCUAUAUUCGAUGGCUACCUAUAGAAUUAAUACAGUUUCAAGAAUACUAUUAUCCUACAACCGUUCAAAUUGUAUUAAAUUGAGUAGCCAAGGAAUCGAUCCGAAUAGAUUCUUAACACAAGAGCGAUUAAAACAUACAAGUGCUAUAAAACAUGAAAAGGAAAAAUUUAGAAAAUUUGUAAUAACUAGAUACAUUCAGUAUGUGAAAAAUUAUACUAAAGUGCUGGAGGUAAGAUUUCCAGCAGCAAUGAAGAUGUACCGAGUUUUUAGUAUCGGUAUAAAAGACUUUCUUAGAGAUUUAAAAACAUAUAUCACACUUAGAAUCAAAUUCACUAGAGAUCAGGGAUUUUCAAAAAUGAGUCUCCAAGACAUUGAACUUUAUGAAAAGAUGCCAGGAGACAUGUGGAAAAUAACACCUGUUUUAAUAUUGUCUACAAUUCCCUUUGGAAACUAUAUCAUAUUCCCAUUAGCAUUACUGAAACCAAAAAAACUAUUGUGCUCUCAUUUUUGGUCAAUACAACAGAGGGUGGAAUUUUCAAUGCAAGAUUUAACAGAACGUCUACGACACAACCGUGCUGUGUUUAGAGCUCUUCAAGAAAAACUGGGCAGUAUUCCAGAGAGUGAAUUAAAAGUCAAGUGGGAAAGAAUAAUUGCCCUUUUAGGGUCAGGAGUUCACCCAACACCUAACGAUGUUAUAGCUUGUGAAAAGUUAUUUACAAUGUCUCCAUAUAGUUUAAAAGAUCUGUCAUAUGCACACAUGGGACAGUUGCUCAAAAUGCAUGGGUCACAAAAAAGCUUAUUUAGGAGAAAAAAACUAAAAUAUAGAGCAUUCUUGCUGUGGGAAAUGGACAAAGCAAUAAUUAGGGAAGGUGGUGUGGAUGUACUUGGAUCUGAAUCAUUGAGAAAUGCAUGUCACAUACGUGGUUUAAACGGAAGCCACCUAUCAAAUCAGAACAUGCGAGAUUGGCUCCAACAAUGGUUACAAGUUUCACAAAAUAUCAACUCAACUUCAUAUUCUUUAUUACUACAUUGUCCAAUCCUAUUAGCCUAUAAUCAUCCACAAAACUGGGUUUUAAUAUAUUAAUAAAAUACAGUCGCCAAUGUCUGGGUCAGAUAGCUACUGAAGAACAGAAGGCCCUGGAAAAUAUUUAUGUUUUUAUUACACAGACCAAUGGAUAGCUAGGUUUGAUCACCACAAGCACAUAAAUACAUGUGUGACACAAAGGGAUGUUUUUUUUUAAAACAAGAAUGUGAAUGUUGUAGAUAAGUUCCUAUUAAUAAUUUUGAUUUAAUCAAAAUGUGUAAAUAUGUUCAGUUAUUCUUUUGCAACCUUAAACAUUAACUAAACUAAAAUAUUUUAAGUUUAUUAUGCUUUUGUGAUAUUAAUGUUAGCAAAUAGUUUGUUUAAUAUUAAAUAAAUUAGUUCUAUUCUAA